GCGAAAAUCUGUCAGUUUUGACGUAUUACAUAAAAGAUUUUGUGUUUCCAUAUAGCAAAAUGGCACUGGAGGAGCCGGCGAAGGUCCCCAAAUCUUUUAAUGAUCGCUUCUAUGCUUACCCAGAUGGUCAAGAUGCAGCAGGAAAAAUGCUCGUGGCGAAUACAUAUGCCCUCUUUGGGGGUGUUGUUAUCUCAACAUAUGAUGUUGUGAUGCUUUCGAAACCUGUAGGAAUUGGCAAUAUCCUUGCCAAGUAUGUUUACAACACAGGACCACUAAUGGGUAUGGCAUCUGCCUUCACCAUGGGAACUUACUUUUCAACAAAACUUCGUGGAAAAGAUGAUGUGAUCAAUUAUGCCAUUGGAGGAGCACUAGCUGGUGGUGUUUAUGGGGCAUGGAGAAGGAGUGCAGUAAGCGGGAACUGCGCAGCAAUUGUCCUGGCCAUUGCUGCUGUCGUCAAAAAAUUAUCCCUCCAGGAAGGUUGGAAAUUUAUUCCAGAACCCAAGAAGAUUGGCUAUCAAAAUCUCUUCCUAGCCAGACAUGAUAGGACUGUCUUCAAAGACACCGAAAAAGGGUGGACUAAUGGAAAGGAAUAGAAUGUACAUUAUGUUGCGGUAGUGCAUAAAUUUUUGUCUUACAAAAAAACUCGUCUUUCAAUAGAGAAUCGAGUUGUUAAUUUAAUUAAAUCACUUUAAAAAAAUCA